GGCGGUCCGUCAGCUGAUGCAGGCGGCAUCAUGUGAGCGGGGCCGGGCCGGCAGAGCCGCUCCGCGCCGCGGCGGCAGCGAUGGAGGCGCUGGUGCUGAGCGGGCUGGCCCUGGCCCUGGCGCUGCCCUCCGUGGCUCUGGAGAACGGGCUGGCGCGCACUCCCCCCAUGGGCUGGAUGUCCUGGGAGAGGUUCCGCUGCAACGUGGACUGCGAGGCGGAUCCCCGCAAUUGCAUCAGCGAGCAGCUCUUCUUGGAGAUGGCAGACCGGCUGGCAGAGGAUGGCUGGAAGGAGCUGGGCUAUGAGUACAUCAACAUGGAUGACUGCUGGUCUGCCAAGCAGCGGGAUGCGGCCGGACAGCUGGUUCCCGACCCCAAGAGAUUUCCCAGCGGGAUUAAGGCUCUGGCUGACUAUGUCCAUGCCAGGGGCCUGAAGCUGGGCAUUUAUGGUGACCUGGGCAUCUUCACCUGUGGGGGCUACCCAGGCACCAUGUUGGAAAAUGUGAAGCAGGAUGCCCAGACCUUUGCAGCGUGGGGUGUGGACAUGCUGAAGCUGGAUGGAUGCUACUCGUCUGCAGAGGAGCAGGCAAAGGGAUAUCCAGAAAUGGCGAGGGCCUUGAAUGCCACAGGCCGCCCCAUUGUCUAUUCCUGCAGCUGGCCAGCAUAUCAGGGGGGUCUUCCCCCCAAGGUGAACUACACCAUCCUGGCAGAGAUCUGCAACCUGUGGCGUAACUAUGACGACAUCCAGGACUCCUGGGACAGUGUACUUUCCAUCGUGGACUGGUUCUUCACAAACCAGGAUGUGCUGCAGCCGGCAGCUGGCCCCGGUCACUGGAACGACCCGGACAUGCUCAUCAUUGGAAACUUCGGCCUUAGCUACGAGCAGUCACGCUCCCAAAUGGCUUUGUGGACAGUGAUGGCAGCUCCGCUCCUCAUGUCCACGGAUCUCCGCACCAUCUCCCCCAGUGCCAAGGAGAUCCUGCAGAACCGCCUGAUGAUCCAGAUCAACCAGGACCCCCUGGGAAUCCAGGGGCGCAGGAUUGUCAAGGAGAAAUCCCACAUCGAGGUGUUCCUGCGCCCACUGUCGCGGGCUGCCAGCGCCCUUGUGUUCUUCAGCCGCAGGACAGAUAUGCCCUUCCGCUACACCACCAGCCUGGCCAAGCUCCACUUCCCUGAGGAUGCUGUGUAUGAGGUACAAGACGUGUACGCCGGGAAGAUCGUUGGGGCCCUGAGAACAGCAGACAACUUCUCAGUCAUUAUUAACCCCUCGGGGGUGGUGAUGUGGUAUCUGCGUCCCACGGCACUCCCGCCACAACCCUGGCAGGCUGUCAGACAGCAAGGCCCAGCCCUUCUGUGACAGGGCCCAGUGGAUGGGGUGUGGACCAGUGCCAGGGUGAGCCAUGAGACCCUGGGGCACGUGGCUCUUCACAGCACAAGUGCCUUUUGCUGCAGAGCCCAGCAGUGCUGGGCACUGACCAUCCCCUGGUACCAGCUUGAUGGUGUCUGCUCCAUCUGCACAAAUCAGGAAUUCUUGUUACCCACUGCCUAAGGUGUGCAGAGCGUAGUGCCUCGGUGCUUGCAAAGCCUUUUGAGAUUCUCUUAUGGAAGAUGCCAUAUAAGCAGAGUCCACCACCACUGAAGUUUGUCAGCUCUGACACCUGAGAACUUCAUUGCUUUGAGCUGGGUUCUGCUGGCUGCUGCAGGGUCUGUUUGAACUACACGUCUAGAAAGGCUUUGGGUGCUUUAGUAUCUCUGAGGGUUGUGACUUUCCCUUUUUCCCCAGGUGUGUGAUGGCAUUAACCUCAAGGAUCAGACUUGGUCACCUUCUUUCUUUUGCUAUAAUCAGCUUGGUUUAGGAUGAGGAGCUGUCAGCUGGGCUGCCUCCCACACAUAUCCCCACCAGGACCAAGAGCUCUUGGAGGCAUAGUGGCCCUGUGCAGUGAGGCUUUUCCUGCAGGCCUGAUCCUGCUGCCACGAUUCUAGAGGCCAGCACUACUGCACCCUGGUGUGCGUGCUCGCAUUGUAUUAAAGCCCCUCUGGUAGAAGUUUACAGGAAGCAAAAAUCUCCAUGAGCCAUGCACAACCCCAGGAGCUGCGCUGUGGUACACACCAAAAACUGUAGAGCUAUGGCACGUUGUGUAGGAGUGCUGGCAGGAAGAUUCUGAUGCUCAGUUGAGGUGGUCUUUUGGGUUGGGAGUUGGUCACAGAUGCCUCCGAGCUGAAAGUUGCAUCUUUCUUUCUCUAGAAGGAAAUUUCUGCUAAAAGGAGGAUCAGAUCCUACUUCAGCAGGCUGAAAACUCAGGAUGUCUCAGGAAAAGGCUUCUUCUCCCAAGGGCCCUUGCAUCCACAACUCUAUCCUGAGGAGGAGCCUGCACUAAUAAACUGGAAGUGAGUGUCAGGACACUCUAAAGCCCUCAACUGCUUCACCUUCAUAGAGCAGACUACCCAUGGAAGAGUUCUAGGUGACACAAGAUUAAGCCUCAGAAUGGGGAAAUACCACAUUUUAGAUUAGGAAAAAAAUUUCUCUAUUUCUGUUCAGCUGUGGGAGGUUUCCUGGUUAUCUGUUGUCCAGUCUGGUUCCUGAAGGACCAAAUGGUUGAUUCUGGACCCUUCCAGAAACUUUCUCUGAGGUGCAGGGUCAAGAUUCUGACCACAAUGCUUGCAGUUCUAAUAAGGGAGGACUUGCCAGCUAAAUAAGGUGUUGGCUUUGUUCUUGGGGAGUGAUUGAGGCAAAUUGAUUGAAAUAAAGGGAAGUAGAUCAUAGACUCUGUUUCAUGUGUUGCUAGCUAUACCUGCUUGGUUAAUGCAGGAUUACAGGGUCAUUACCUCAAAACAGGAACAACUAUGCUAGGAAAUAGAACUGGUUUCCUGUCAGAAACUAGACUGCUGCAGAGUAGGAAAUGGCUUUCCAGUAGUUACAUGUUCAGCAGGGCAGCAGUAUUUCCUGGCACAAGGGGAAACAUUUUACAGUCUAUAACCAAGUGCCAUUUUCCUUAUUAUAUAUUUAUUUUUCCAUUGCUGAUGAGGAGUUUCUUUUAAAGACUUCAAAGGCUCCCCUUUGGUGUAAUGUACACAGAAGAGGUGCUACAAAUGCAGCUGUGAUGAGUAGCAGUGUGACACAGCCCUUGUUACAAGGAGUGAUGGAAAAUGAACAUGUGCCACUUCUGGAUACCUGGGCAUAACCACAGGCACCAGCCAGCCUUCCACCCUUCCCAGGCAGCAAGGGGAUAAGCCCCACCUUCUUCACUCCCCCCAGUCACUUGAUUCCAGGUCCAGCUUAGCCACAUACCAGGGAGAGGGAUGUCCUGACCCACAGGUGACCCAAGGGAACAGCAGCAGUGGCUGUAGUUCAUUCCAGCCUUCUGUGCAGUAUGCAAGAAUUAAGGUCAACACAACACACACAACACUGAACUGGCAGAUAAAGUAUCAACACUCCUGUAUUAAAGUGCAAUUCAAAAAGUAACAAACAUUCAAGGUUGAUUUUUUUUUAAAAUACAGAGUUGUUAGAAUAUCUCUAAGUCAGAAAAAGUGUUUAUAGAUGAGGAAAUUUACUUCCCCCCAUGUGGAACUGCUUUAGGAAUUCAUACUUUUAAGUUGUGCAAACCUGACUUGCAGGAGAGCCCUGGCAUACAGGGAAGUAAGAGGGAAAACACUCCUUCCCCCUCCUUGUGAAGGCAGGGAGGCUGUAGGGAAGAAGUACAGUCACCCUAUAUGUAAAGAACCACAAGGGUCUCCACCAGACUAGAGGCUCUUCAGAGCAGGUUUAAUAGCACUA